UCCUCUCCUCUCCCCUCCUCUCUUUGCCGGAUGAAGCCUCAUGCUACGACGGUGCAGCUUCUCCUUUGGAGAAGCUGCCUCAAGCAGUUCCUCAACCUCCUCUCCAUAUUCGCCUUCUUCCUCUCCCUCUUCGCCAUCCUCCACUUCUCUUAUCGCCACUUGCCCUUCCAAUUCGACUUCUAUUCCUCCUCCCUCUCUCCUUUUCCCUCUCCCUCCUCUGUUUUGACUGCAUCAGAUUCUUCAUCUCCUUCCUCCGCCGUCAGCGUCGGCAGCAGUAUUGGUGCAAACUACAGAGCGGAGGAGGAUUGCGAUAUAUCUAAGGGCGAAUGGGUGCUCGAUUCAGCGGCAGAAGAUUACUACUACACGAAUUCCAGUUGUCGUAUGAUCCAAGAUCACCAGAAUUGCAUGAAGCACGGUCGGCCGGACGUGGAAUUUCUCCGGUGGCGGUGGCGGCCGGAAGACUGCGACCUCCCCCGCUUUGACCCGAGGUGGUUCCUCGAGCUAGUCAGGGGGACGUCGGUGGCGUUCGUCGGCGAUUCCCUGGCCAGGAACCAAUUGCAAUCGCUGCUCUGCCUCUUGUCAACGGUGGCUCAUCCGGAGGACAUCUCGAGCUCGAAAGACACACAGGACCGGCGCCUCUUCUACGGCGACUACAACUUCACCGUCGCCAUCUUCUGGACGCCGUUUCUGGUGAAAAGCUACGACGCGGGCGGCGAAUACACCCACGUUUUCUUGGAUGAGGUCGACGAAUGGGCUGGACCCCACCUGGCCGCCUUUGACUACCUCAUCCUCUCCUCCGGGACUUGGUGGACCCGCCCCUGCAUCUACUUCAAGAACCGCGAGCCCUUCGCCUGCAACUACUGCCGGCCUCCCGCCCCCGCCAACCUGACCCGCCUCGGCCUCUACGAGGCCAACGGAGCGGCGUUCCGGGCUGCGCUGGACGCCCUGCGGUGGUACCAGGGAGCGGUGGUCCUGCGCACGUUCUCACCGUCGCACUUCGAGGGUGGUCAGUGGAACGCGGGCGGGCACUGCGAUAGGAGGAAGCCGGAGGCGGAGUGGCGGCUGGAGGGGAUGGAGCUGGAUCUGUACAGGACGCAGGUGGAGGAGUUCCGGAAGGCGAAGAGGGAGAUGUGGGUGCUGGACGUGACGAGCGCGAUGGUGAUGCGGCCGGACGGGCACCCGGACGUGUACGGGCACCCGGCGGAGAAGCGCGUGGCGAUGAAGCAUGACUGCGUGCACUGGUGCUUGCCGGGACCGGUGGACGUCUGGAACGAGCUCUGGCUUUAUAUGCUGAGCCAGAGGCAGAGGCAGCUGGUGUAGACCGGAGUGUAGUACAAAUUCCUCUGCCACAACUGUUCUCUAGUUUUAAUUUUCAUUUUCAUUUGAAAUUUGAUCAAUUUUUUUUUUUUUUGUUGAUCAAUUGUUCGUUGGACAUUAAGGAAUGAAAUACGAGCGUGCACUAAAUA